AUGACCGAUAUCUCCCAUCUGAAGAGUACUCAGCAGGAGCCCAUAUCGCAACUGGCUCCAUUCGCUGCACUGAUCAUCUCCAUCAUCCUCGUCAUCCUUUUCCUGAUCCGCUUCUACAUCCUAGAAGGGUUUCUGAUUCCAUGGCUAUAUGGCAAAACCUACACUGAGAUGAAUGAAACCAACCGCCGUGGUUUCAUCAACCAUCACAUCGCUGGCGCUACAAAACUCGUCAUCUUGCUCGUCGCAGUUUACCCUUUCAUUCGUGCCAUCACGACUGGUCCGACGGUCUUCCAUUUACCGUACAUCCCUGGCAGGCCCGCCACAUUGGAUGCUAAUCGGCAUGUACGUCUUCGAACUCUUGUACCGCGUCAAACUCUCCCCGUGGCGGUCCUGCAUCAUGUUGGGACGAUUAUGAUCGGUCAAUCGGCCAUUGCAAUCAGCUUGAAGCUUGCACGGGAGCCUGAUGCAAAUAUCGAAUUCAUUCUGUGUCUUGUAUGGGGAGCCUUUGAUCUCAUUUCCGAAUUCUUCCCGCAUAUCGCCAUCAUCCUGUACCGUGUGUACCCCCAUCGACACUAUUUCCUUGCGCGUGUUUUCCUUCUAUCCUGCAUCACGACGGCGACCGGUACACUCUGUGAAACGAUCGUGACCAUGUGGCUCUUCGGCAGUUUGUGGAGUCGUUGGGAAAUUGCUUUCAAAGUGGCCACUCCGUUGCUUCAUAUUGCUUUUUCAGCUGCCCAGAUCCAUGGUAGUCUUGUCUUCUGGCGAAUGUAUAAAAGACAAUUGCGGUUCGUCAAAGAGGAAAAAGACCUCGAAAUGGGCAAGGAUGAAGAUUGUCUGCAAUUGGCGAAUACGGAGAGUCUCUCAUCCGCUGAACAUGUUUCCCACACAUAUUAA